AAGAGGAUGCACCCAGCUGCCUACCCGUGAUGCGUGAGUUGCGUGUAAGCCACCGAGUCUAGUAUCUUCCUGCCGCUUCGAGUGCACUACGGGCAUUCCUUGCCCUUCGACGCGCGAAUCCGACCCCGCUCCUGGAGCUGCGACUCGCGUGAGACAUGCUGAGGGGAGCUGCUUUGUCCUACAUCAACCAAUCUUGCGUGCUCAUCUCUGCUCCUCAACACCACACACAACAACAUCGUCUGUCGUGACUCCCGUCGUCAUCGCCGCUCCAUCAUCUGCAAGCUCACGAUCCCCUCGCAUCUGCAAACACUCACAUCCAACUCUCCAACACACGACAACUUCAACAUGACUCGUUCCCACAAGCAAAACGACCGCGACCACUCCGCCAUUGCCGAUGGCACCUCUGAGCACGAAGACCAUCUCCCCCGCUACUUCGCCAAAGCCGGCCACGCCGACGCUGAGCCCAACAAGACCAAGAAGAAUGGUGCUGGAAAAGGCAACUGGGGCCGCGAGGGUGACGAGAUCGAAGACUACUCCUACAACCUGACCAACCCGCGUCGUCGCUCCAACAGCAGCACCCACGCCGCCGGCCUCAAGGACUUCAAGACCAAGUUCGAGGUCGUCGAGCAAGAGCCCGUCUUCGAAGAGAGCCUCCACGGUGCCAGCGCCCUAGUCGGCGAAGAACUCGACAAGUCCUCCACCAUAAACUCCGCCAGUUCCGUUGACGAGGACGACGCCGCCAACAAGAAAUUGUAGUGGGCGUCUGCACUGUCCC